GUAAUUAAAUUAGGUAUUGUUUGUAUGGGAUUGUCCGGUGUGGGAUUAAUUUGAGCUAGUUGAGUAAAGAUCCAUAAUCUAUUCCGCCCCGCCCCGGUCUCAUUGAAAGAAACCCUUCUUCUAUUGAUGAUUCCCGGACAAUCGACUUCAUAUUCUGCAACGGUGCUGUGGUUGAAGAUGAACGGAUCGUUAACUCGACAUCUCAAGGCGCUCGCAGUUCUGUUUCCAGUGACCAAGCCCAUUCCUUCUAUCUCGGAUUGGAGUGUUGAUGGACUUGUCAAAUAUGUUGACUCUGAAGAAUCUAAACAAUUGAGAGCUAAUGUCCGGAAGGAAGUAUUCCACAAGUCAAAGCUACACGCUGAAGAUGCAUUCGAGAGAAAGAAUUACGCAAUUGCAGCUGGUUGGUACAAUACGGCAAUAAAGGAAAGUCCAUGUGAUGCAACACUGUUGUCUAGGAGGAGUCUGUGCUAUUCCUUAGCGGGUUGCGGUAAUGCUGCUUUAUCUGAUGCUCAAGCCUGCGUGUGUUUGAGAGAAAGAAUUACACAAAUGCAGUAAAUUUGUAGUCUUUUCAACAUUAAAAUCCUUUGUUAGUUUAUAUCCCCUCCCUAUGAAAAUAAUCUUUUCAUUUGAGUUUUUACGGUAUUCAAUGUUGCAUUU